GGAAGUUUUUGCCUUUGAAGACAAUGUUAGGACCAAGAUACGAUGAACAGGUUGCUGAAGAAAAUCGUUUUCACCCGAGUAUGUUAUCCAACUACUUAAAGAGUCUGAAGGUUAAAAUGGGUUUACUGGUAGACUUGACCAACACCACUAGAUUCUAUGAUAGGAAUGAUAUAGAGAAAGAGGGGAUUAAAUAUAUAAAACUCCAGUGUAAGGGGCAUGGUGAGUGCCCUACACCUGAGAAUACAGAAACAUUUAUCCGUGUAUGUGAACACUUCAGUGAUAAGAAUCCCUCAGAGCUUAUAGGUGUCCAUUGCACACAUGGUUUCAAUAGAACUGGAUUUCUGAUCUGUGCCUUUUUGGUCGAGAAGUUGGACUGGAGUAUUGAGGCUGCUGUGGCUACUUUUGCUCAGGCUAGACCACCAGGUAUUUAUAAAGGUGACUAUUUGAAGGAAUUAUUUCGUCGUUAUGGGGAUGAAGAUGAUGCACCGUCACCACCUGAGCUACCAGAAUGGUGCUUUGAUGAAGAUGAAGAGGAGGAGGAUGAUAAUGGUAAAACAGGAGGCCAAGAAUCAGAACCUGGAUCAUCAAGCUCUUCCUUUGGCAAGAGGAGAAAAGAACGCCUAAAACUG